CAUAAUUCUACUCCCCUCUUUCCAAUAUUUUCCCAUAUUAAGAGGACUCUCCUACUCCUUCCCGUGUAGCUUAAAUAAGUAUUCAAUACUUAGUAUUGUUUGUGAUAAUCUCCAUCACCAUCCAUCUUUAAAGAAGAAGGAGACAUGCUUCCCGAAGAGCAAGACCUUCGUUAUUGUGAUUAAUUUUUUUUGCAUUUUCGAGCCCCCAAUCCAUAUCUUCUACUUCAUCUCUCUUUGUGUUCCUAUUCAUUUUCUUCUCGACGACAUCAGCCAAGGGAAAAAGAGCAGAGGAGUUCUUGCGAAACGAACGCUGCGAAGAUGUUGUCAGGUGCUUCUCAACAGAAGGACCUGCGCCACGUGCGCAAAGGGCCAGAGGCGAAACAGCUGGACCUGGAGAGGGACGUGCCGGCUUAUAUGCUCGAUACGAUUCCGAUCCGGGCUUUUGCAGUGAGACGACGCAUUUUUCCGAUGUUGGCGCGGGCGAAGGCAUUAGCCGAGGAAUUUGAGACGCAACGGCGCAAGCAGCUGGAGCAGCAGGAUAGGGAAGACCACGAACACAGGGCAGAUGCACAGUUGUCGCCCUUGGAUGAGCAACAGGACUUCGCAAACAAAACGUCCUUGUACCAGCUGAUACAAUCAGUGCGCAGGAGCGGCAACAACAAUCUCUCCUCGUCGUCGAACAAUACCUCCAAAACUGGACAAGAUGGGGGAAUCAAUGGAGCGGCUGGAAAUACUGGUAUAUUCUACGAUUCGUACUUAUAUAGAUGAAAUAGGAAGUGAGUUUCGUAACUCCCCUGCCCCUCAUUCUAGUAUCAGGAUGAUAACAAGGAGUGCUUUUCACAGUGAGAAAAUUUCUAUAGGACCCUCGAUAAGCGGCAUUAGAGAUCAUGAUGAUACUAUCCUCAGUGAUUUAACGAAAUUGAUGUUUUUGGAUGAAUAUGCCGCUUCGCGGGCCCUUUCAUCUUUUCUCUGCUUUUAGUGCAAUAGUUCAUUAUGAAGAACGACAUUGAUCAUCACGAGCCGUCCAUUUUUCGAAAACAGCAGCCACGGGCAAUGGCGCUGGAGGAAAGUCCAGCAAGACGGGUGAUAGGCCUUCGACGAGCGGC